AUGGACGGCGGCAUAGAAGACAUCUUUGCGUCUUCUUUGAACUUGGAGGAGACCCAUUUGAAAGAGGGUUACGGCGAGGGCCACGCGGACGGCCUAAUCGCGGGCAAGGAGGAGGGCCGGCAAGUGGGCCUCAAGACCGGGUUCGAGGUCGGCGAAGAAUUGGGCUUCUACAGAGGCUGCCUGGACAUCUGGAGCUCUGCGGUUCGGGUCGACCCGGACUUCGUCUCGGACCGAAUCCAGCGGAUGAUUAAGCAGAUGGAUCAGCUGCUGGAGAAGUAUCCCAUUUUGGAGCCGGAAAACGAGAGAGUCUCGGAUAUGAUGGACUCCCUGAGGCUCAAAUUUAGGGCUAUUUGCGCCAGUAUGAAUGUGAAAUUGGAGUACGAUGGCUACCCGAAAGCUUCUCAUGCAGCUGCGAUUGCCCGAAAAAAAAAACCAGAUCUAGACCCAUCGCCCCUUUCUCCUUCCGACGACUGCGAUUGCCCGGCUUCGCCUAGUUAUUCAUCACCGGCGGCCCUCGAGCGUGCUGAUGGUGGACGAGUUGUCGUCAUUCUCCACCUUCUCCCCGUCGCCAUUAGACGAUUCUCCGUAGCAGAAGUUGGCGUUAAAUCUGAAGGCACCUUCCAUCGCAUCCUGAAACCUACGACAAUAAAAGAUGCUCGACGGUGGACUUUUGAAUGA